AUUAGAUUAAGAAUGUUGUAUUUCCAGUCAAACAGCGUUCUGUCUGGAUUACCUGCUCUCACUACGCGCACACAAAUACAAUUGUCAUUCUUAUUCUCCCACAUACUACUACUCUUAACGGCAUUUGCGGUUUAAUAUUAACAUAGUAUCCAGGCUAAAUAAAGCCAUGAUUUUAAAGCCGCAAUCUUGACCACUACUAAAGUUUGGAUAAACUUUGGCGCACACUCAUGAUCUAUGUUUGGAAGAUCGCCGUCCAAUGGAGAUUUUUAGGUAAACGCUCCAAACAAUGUAUACCGAGGAAUAUGGAUUUUUUUAUGUCAUGAGUAUUCCGCCCUAUUUUUAAUCGGUUUCGCUUAAGCUAUCUAGGGCAUUUUUUUAUGAUUUAGCAGGAUUUAUUUUGUCCUGUCUCUACAGUGGGUGAAAAAGAUUGACAUUCCCUCAGAUAUGCAGGGACUGAGUGUUAAAUGUAAAUUUAGCCUUACUUUUACCCUGUUCUUAUCGGUCAUUUGCGUUUUCAUUUUCUGUGAAUAUUUGAUAUAUUACCCUGCAAUUUUGCGUUGUUCUUGGCCGGAGUUGAAAGGGGACAGGGAGGUGGGAGUCUCCCCGCUCCACGCUUUGUUUCUUUCGGAUACCCACCUUCUUGGUGCAAUUAAGGGACACUGGUUCGAUAAACUACGAAGGGAAUGGCAGAUGGAGAGGGCUUUCCAGACAGCACUGGGGCUCCAAAAGCCAGAAGUAGUCUUUAUUUUGGGAGACAUCUUCGAUGAAGGGAAAUGGAGCUCUCCAAAGGACUGGGAGGACGAUGUGCGGCGCUUUAAGCAGAUCUUCCGGCACCCCCGAGAUAUGGAGCUAAUAGUUAUCAUUGGGAACCACGACAUUGGCUUCCAUCAUGAGAUGAACUGGUACAAGCUUGAACGCUUCGAGAGGGUCUUCAACGUCACAUCUGCCCGGAUCGUUACGAAAAAGGGAGUCAAUUUUGUGCUGGUGAACAGUAUGGCCCUGCAUGGAGACCGCUGCCCCAUCUGUGAGCAAGUGGAAAACGAGCUGUAUAGCCUCUCUCAGACCCUCAACUGCUCAAUGAAGAGCCAGUGGUCAGGGUCCAUGAGAAGAUACUGUCAGGAAGAAAUGCAGAAAUAUCCUCCAUCAUUGUCUAUCCUCCUACAGCACUUCCCUCUGUACCGUCCAAACGACGCAGAGUGCACGGGGCAAGACGCUGCCUCUCCUGACGAGCGCAACCAGGUGUUCCAUGAGCGCUACGACGUGCUAUCCCAGGAGGCAUCUCAAAGGUUACUUUGGUGGUUCCAGCCACGCCUUAUUCUGAGUGGCCACACCCACAGUGCCUGUGAGGUCGUCCACAACAACAAGCACCCAGAGAUCAGUGUUCCUUCGUUCAGUUGGCGCAAUCGGAACGACCCCAGCUUCAUCCUGGGCACCUUCUCCCCCACAGACUUCCAGUUGGCCAAGUGUUUCUUGCCUGAGGAGAGCAGCGUGGUGGCUAUCUACUGUGCCACAGCCAUGGUUCUCAUCUUGUUGCUCAUGGCCCACAUCCACUUCUCCAAAAACUCAAUGAUCCUGGCCACAAGCCUCCUGGGCAAACACAAGGGCCUGUGACUGUUAGUGUUUCCACUAAAUCAAAUGUUCCUUGGCUGGCGGCUAAAAAAAAGGCUGCUGCAGCAGGACCCAGAAUACCAAAUGCUGCGUUUAGAGGCCGUACCUGAAAUGUAUAAUUUCCCUGCUGUCAAAAUCAGCAAAAAACUAUUGCUUUUGGAACUUUUGUUAGUGUGCUGAACAGUGUAAACUAUAAAUGUUGGUCAUUAAUUUCUCCAGUUUCAAUUUUUGUUAAUUAUUUUAAGGAAGAUUCAGACAAGUCUAAAGAAAAAUGUUUAACAUCAUUGUUUUAGAAUCUCAAACGAAGUCUGUGACCAGGCACCUUUGAUUUCACCCUUUAGACCAAAAACACCUUGUGAUGGGUUGAUCUUUUUACAUUCAAACCUACAACACCUUGUAAAGGGCCUUGGCUGCUCUGUUACACCAUGUUAAUUUUAAAGUAUUGGCAACAUGAAUGUUUUAUUCACUGUGACUUUAUGGCAGAGUUAGUGAAGUUAUGGCAGAGCCAUCUUUGAGCCUUUAAUUGUAAACCUGGAUGAAAUCAGUGGAGGGAACUGUAUUUUUAGCCACUGUUAUUUAUGCAUAUACAAAGUGUACAUAAUAGGUCGUAUUUUCCUGCAUAUUCAGUUUAGACACGAACAAAAAAAACAAAGGUCUUCUGAUGC